AUGUCCGCUCGCGCUUCCGCCACUACUGCAUACAAGCCCAGUCAUUGGUCACCUUGGGACUGCGAAAGGAUUGCGGUGCUUGCGUGCCAAGGGUUCCCGGAGACUAUGCUCGAGAUCGCGUCGCAGCCCGAGGUUAAGGCACAGCCCGAGGGCAAGACGCUCCGGCCGAUGAAGCCCCUGCCCGAGAGGAAGGCGAGAAGUACCCCACUCGAGACCGGAGUGCAGGGGGCAAAGGUGUCGAACACGAAGACCGACGUGCAUGUGAUGGAGUCAGCCACCGAGAAGUUCGAGGAGGAUCGCAGAACGGAGGUGCUCGUGACUGCUCUGCGCGAGGAGGAGAAGGCCGCCGCCCGCGGCAUUAUCAUGCUCGUCUCGCGUGUCGCGCAAAUGCAAGCUGUGUGA